AUGGGGAAUAAGAGAAGGGCUGUAGCAUCUGGUGCUGCACAUUUCCUGCCGGAGGAGAUGAUGACAGAGGUGUUCCUACGGCUGCCCGUCAAAUCCAUUCUUCGCUUUCGGGCCGUCUGCCGGUCCUGGAAUGCAGUGCUUUCUUCUGAUGAAUUUUGCCACCGUCACAUGGCGAAGGCUGAAGCGGAGUCAGCACCACCUAAUCUGUUCUUCACUUCACCAACAGCUGGUUUUGAUGCCACUGCGGUGUACUCGAGCUCAUCAUCAGGCCCGGAUGAUGGCCCGCUGUUCACUCUUGAUGGUGUACGCGGUGGUGGCUUCAUCCACAUGACACAUGCACCGUGUCGCGGCCUAAGCCUUCUCCACGAUCCUUUUGCACCAGCUUAUUAUGUCUUCAACGCAUCCACAAGGGCAGUUACCCGGUUGCCCCCGUGCCACAAUGCGUUGUGUGUGACCGCUGGACUUGGGUUUGAUGCCCGGACGAAGAAGUUCAAGGUGGUGAGGUUAUUCCUAGGGGAUUUUGGUGAUAAGCAGCAUAUUAAGUGUGAGAUAUACACGCUGGGCAGUGAUCAUGGGGAUUAUUGGAAGCCGCCUGCUGCAGGCCACGAGCUGCCAUCCUAUCCUUUUCUGUCACAGAUGAGAUCUUUGCAUGGGUCCAGUCGCCACCGUUUGAGGUGUCAGGUGUGCACUUGGUGGAGCUUGCUGGCCACGUGUAUGGUUCGGGACCUUCGUCAUGUCGGCGUGCUGGAGAUUUGGAAGUUGAAUGACUAUGGCUCUGGUGGUUGGUCAUUGGAACAUCGCAUUGAUCUGUUGCAGCAUGUAAUUGAGCCUGAGAUUGUUAGAGUUAUUGGUUCUGUUGGCAGUUGUGGGUCCACGAAGAGGAUAGUCAUUGUUACAUCCAAACGCAAGGUGAUUGUCUAUGAUCCCGUGUCUCAUACUGUAGAAACUGCCACUGUAAUCAAAGAGACCCAUUCGUCUUACCAAGCUGAAAAGCUUGCUCUUACUAGAGUCUCCUUAUUUCAAGUGAGCCUUGUUCCAGUGCAUCAGACAAAUGAAGAGAGAGCCCUGUCAGCUCCCCUGGCUAAAGCGACAAGGGAGAUCUUGCUCCGACUCCCAGCUGACUAUACCAUGCGAUGCAAACUUGUCUGCAAGCAGUGGCUUAGCUUGAUUGAGGGUAACAGCUUCAUGCGCUCUUAUCACUCGCAUAACAACAUGGACAAGAGGCCCAAGAUCAUGCUUGUGGGCAAGGGCAUCACUAGGGAUCGCAUCACUAGAGGAUCCGGCUUCAGUUUUACUCCCUGCUCAAAGUUGCUCCAACGUGCUCGUAGACAUGAUAUAUGGCUUGACACAAAGGUGGUUUGCUCCAAGCCUUGCCAUGGCAUGAACCUGCUAAGCACUGAGCUGAGGGAUUAUCUCUACAACCCCUGCACAGGUUUCCGCCUUGCGUACCACACUCGAGGGACGACAUCCAUCCACGUACCCCCGAACCUUCCUAGCUGGAGUUUACCAGAAGGCCAUGGCCAUGCUUUCGCAUUUGGCCGCAAGAAUGUUGGCCUGGGGUUCAAUCUGUCGACGCAGGAUCACGCGAUUGUUGAAAUGUUUUACCACGUGAAGGACUUCAAAUCCCGUCGGUAUUUCUUGACAUGCAUGGUUACCGAGUGUGGCCGGGGCAUCGUGCAAGACUGCUCCCUGCCACCUCUGCCUGUGAGUGACAUGCCGCCAGCCUAUCUUGCAGGAGUGCUCUACUGGAUGAGUGAUCCAAGGUUGGGCGAAUGUGACGAGAGGGCCAUUGUGUCAUUGACAUAA